AUGACCCAGGUGGUUGGGAUGUCUGGUGGAGCCUAUGCUCUGCUUGGCAUGCAACUUGGAGAUGUCCUCCUGAACUGGGAGAGGAAGUCGGCUCCAUACCGGCUGGUCUUCAUCUUCCUCCUUGUGCUCGUCGAGGCCAUGCUCUACUUCUUCAAUCCUCAGGAUGAAAUCAGCUACUCUGCGCACAUGGGAGGUGGAGUGGCCGGUCUUCUACUGGUCAUUGUGUUCGGCCGGAACUUGACCAUACAGACUUACGAUCUCGAGGUGCAGGUCAUCCGCCUUGCAAAGGUCCUGCUUUUCGGUCUGGCCGUGUUCUGUAUCUGCUGGUCUCUGAUCAACUGGCCGCCCAUGGACAUACUGGAGCAGGUGCCAUGGUGCUGGGCGCGGGAAGUAAGCAACGAAACCCUUUUCGGGGAUUCGCAGUUCCAUUGCGUGAGGUGUGAUGGGCCUACCUGCAUUGCGCGGCCCGGAGCCUGA